AUGCAGGCCAAGAAGAGGUACCUGCUGGUGUCUCUGGGGGCCUGUCUACUUCUGCUUGCCUACUUGUGGGGACUGCAGAUCGGGGAGUUUCACCAGCCGAGCCACCAGCAGCUGUACGCGGCGGCCCGCGCCCACGGUGGGGGUUCCAGACUGCCCAGGCAGCGCUGGCCGGAGUGGGGCCACUCGCUGGGCACCUACCUGGACGGGGUGGAGCAGGAGGAGGACAGCAGCCCCGUGGUCAUCCACCAGCACUCCUCCCCGCGCGAGCGGCGGGAGAUCCGCAACAACAUCUACAAGAGCCGCCGCUGCCGCAUGGACACCUGCUUCGACUUCGCCCGCUGCGAGAGGGGCUUCAAGGUGUACCUGUACCCUCCGGCCAAGGGCGAGAAGAUCUCCGAGAGCUACCAGAAGAUCCUGACGGCCGUCGAGGACUCCCGGUUCUACACCACGGACCCGCAGGAGGCGUGCCUGUUUGUGCUGAGCAUCGACACGCUGGAUAGGGACCAGCUCUCGGCUCAGUAUGUCCACAACGUCAAGGCCAAAAUCCAGAGCCUUCCUUUGUGGAACGAAGGAAGGAACCACCUCAUUUUCAACCUGUACUCUGGCACCUGGCCUGACUACACAGAAGAGCUGGGCUUUGAUAUUGGCCAGGCGAUGUUAGCCAAGGCCAGCAUUGAUAUGGAUAAUUUCAGGCCACGCUUUGAUGUGUCCAUUCCACUUUUUUCAAAAGACCAUGCCCAGAAAGGAGGGGACAAGGGUUAUUUGACACUCAAUAAUGUUCCACCAUCGAGGAAAUAUUUGCUCGUUUUUAAAGGGAAGAGGUAUCUCACUGGUAUCGGUUCCGAGACCAGAAACGCUCUCUACCACAUUCACAAUGGAGAUGAUAUCAUUUUAUUGACUACCUGCAAGCAUGGGAAAGACUGGGAGAAACAUAAAGAUGGCCGCUGCGACAGGGACAACGAAGAAUACUCAAAAUUCGACUACCAGGAGCUGCUCCACAACUCGAGUUUCUGCCUGGUCCCCCGGGGUCGUCGCCUGGGCUCCUUCCGGUUCCUGGAGGCCCUGCAGGCUGCCUGUAUCCCGGUGUUGCUCAGUAAUGGCUGGGAGCUGCCCUUCUCUGAGAUCAUCGACUGGAACAAAGCAGCCAUCAUCGGUGACGAAAGGCUCCUGCUCCAGAUCCCUUCAAUUACCAGAUCGGUGGACCAUGACAGGAUAUUGGCGCUCCGGCAACAGACACAGUUCCUGUGGGACGCCUAUUUUUCUUCAGUCGCAAAAAUAGUAUUAACUACAUUAGAGAUAAUCCGGGAUCGAAUACACUCCCACAUAUCCAGAAGUAGACUGAUGUGGAAUGCUCUGCCUGGUGGUCUGUACGUUUUGCCACAGUUCUCCACAGACCCUUCAGUGUUCCCCUUCUAUUACUCCCUACUGGGUAAAAGCCCGUCCCUGGAGUUCACUGCAGUGGUGCAGGUGGUGACCCCCCUCCAGUCUCAGCUGCAGCCAGUGCUCAAACUCAUCAUUGCCGUUGCCAAAUCCAAGUUCUGUGCACAGAUCCUAGUGCUGUGGAAUUGUGACAAGCCUUUACCUCCCAAGAGCAAGUGGCCCUCCACCAGUGUGCCUAUCACCGUUAUUGAGGGACAGAGAAAGACGAUGAGCAGUCGCUUUUUCCCCCAUGAUGUUAUCCUCACAGAUGCAGUCCUCAGUCUGGACGAGGACUCUGUUCUGUCAACCAAUGAGGUUGACUUCGCCUUCAUCGUCUGGCACAGUUUCCCAGACCGGAUCGUGGGCUACCCAGCACGAAGCCACUACUGGGACCUGGGGAAGGGCCGGUGGGGUUACACCUCCAAAUGGACCAACGAGUACUCCAUGGUGCUCACCGGUGCAGCAUUCUACCACAGGUAUUAUCACUACCUGUACACGCACUACCUGCCUGCCAGCCUGCUCAGCAUGGUGGACCAGAUGGCCAACUGCGAGGACAUCCUCAUGAACUUCCUGGUGUCGGCCGUCACCAAGCUGCCGCCAAUCAAAGUCACGCAGAAGAAGCAGUACAAGGAGACCAUGAUGCAGCAGGGCUCCAAGUCGUCGCGCUGGGCCGACCCGGACCACUUUGCUCAGCGGCAGACGUGCAUGAACUCCUUCAGCGGCUGGUUGGGCUUCAUGCCCCUGCUGCACUCGCAGAUGCGCUUGGACCCCGUCCUCUUCAAGGACCAGGUCUCCAUCCUGAGAAAGAAGUACAGAGACAUCGAGAGGCUUUAG